AUAACAUUAAUGAAGGGUGUGAGGGAAGAGAGGGAAGGCCAUCUUUCUUUGAUCCUGACCAGGAAAAUGUCUUCUUCUACUAGAAAUAGUUUUUAGUAGGCAUCAGAGACUGUGAUUGCUGACACCCCCAUAUUCAAGUCCUCCUCUUAAUAUUAAUUUAUUUCUUUAUUAUUCCCCACACACACACACACACUCAUGUACACACUUCCCCGUCUCUCUCCCUGCCAUCCCAGCCCUGCUCUCACACACUACACACACUGCCAAAAACCUCCCUUCUCUCUCUCUCACCCCAAAACCAGACACAGAAAGAUUCAUAUAUGAUCUCAUUUUACACAGAUUUAGCCCAACACACGCAGUCCUAACCCCUUGAAAAACUCUACAUCUUCACCAUCCAACAACACACACACCUCUCCCAUCUCCCAAUAACACUCCACAGAGCUCGAAGCGAUUCGUCAUUAUUACUCACCCGUCGCAUUACUCCACACAGACACACACAUGCAUUCAUGAGCAGGAGGAGUCCUCACACAUCGAUCAUCACUCAAUUGCUGCUGCUGCUGCUUCCUCUGCUGCUACGUCUCAACCAAUUAGUGUCAUUGGGAAAUUGUUAAAUGGGUUGUCUGAUAUCGCAACUAGCGGCCAAAUUCGCCUUCUUUCCGCCAACGCCGCCUACCUACCAGGUGAAGAAGCGGGACGACGGCAAGCUGGUGGCUGUCUCCACGACUUCGUCACUUCCAAUAACCAUUGACGAUUCCUGCCUUGAUGUGUUGACCAUCAACACUAAAAGGGGCAACAAGAUUGUCGCCUUCUACUUGAGGAAUCCCUGCGCCAGGCUUACCGUCUUGUACUCCCAUGGAAAUGCAGCUGAUCUGGGCCAGCUCUAUGACCUCUUUGUGCAGCUCAAAGCUAAUCUCAGGGUCAAUCUUAUUGGGUAUGACUAUUCUGGUUAUGGAGCUUCAACCGGUAAGCCUAGUGAAUAUGACACAUAUGCGGACAUAGAGGCUGUAUAUGAGUGUCUUCAAACAGAGUAUGGGAUUAGCCAGGAAGAUCUAAUUCUAUAUGGGCAAUCAGUUGGAAGUGGCCCCACGCUACACUUAGCGGCUCAAUUACCAAGAUUAAGAGGCGUAGUCUUGCACAGUGCCAUCCUAUCUGGACUUCGUGUGCUUUGUCAUGUGAAGUUUACCCUCUGCUGUGAUAUUUACAAGAAUGUAAAGAAAAUCCGGAAGGUGAAGUCUCCUGUGCUCGUUAUACAUGGAACAGACGAUGAUGUUGUAAAUUGGUUGCACGGUAACGGAUUAUGGAAAAUGGCGAGGGAACCAUACGAGCCAUUGUGGAUCAAAGGAGGCGGGCACUGCAACUUGGAGCUCUAUCCGGAUUACAUUCGCCAUCUUUGUAGAUUUGUUCAAGAAAUGGAGAACAUGACUACUGAAGUUCGACUGAGAAAGAUCCGCCAGACUCUGUCUCUGCAGAAAAGGUUCAAGUGUAGCUCCGUGUGUUGUACUAAUAUAUGCUGUAGAAUUAAAGUCAGAAGACCGAGAUGCCCACAGUGCUCGAGCCUUAGUUGCAUGAAGAUGCCCAAAUGUCCGGAGUGGCGGGUUAGAAAGCCAAAAUGCCCGUCGUGCUUCAACCCUAGCUGUGCAGGGUUGUCGUGUUGGUGCAAGAAAUGCUCGUGCCGGUGUACAAUAUGCUCGUGUUUGUGUGCUGCUAAGUGCUCUUUCUGGUAAUAUUAAGGGUGGGUAUACAAAAACGUUCGGAUGAGAGCAGGGAAGCUAAGCUAGACUUUGUACAGAUUGCUUCUUGUUAACAUUUAGUGCUAAUGCUCCACUAGUCUGAUAUUUAGUAUCAAGCAGAAUACAUGAUCUUACAUUUUCUUGUUUGUACUAAUUAACUCUUGUAACUCCGUUUCUUGCAUUAUGCUUAUAUAGCCCAAGCAAUGUGUUUAUUUA